AUGGGAGUUGAUAGGAAAUGGCUUUUCACUCUAUUCAGUGCAGCAUUGCUGACUCUCAUGGUUCUAUUGAUGUCUUCUUUCUCUGCCUUUAGUUCCCCAAAAGCUUUCCCUUCCCUUGUUCAGCAUGGUUCUCAUUACCCUCCAGCUUUUGCAUACUUUAUCUCUGGUGGACACAAAGACAAGGACCAGAUCUUGCGUUUGUUGUUGGCAGUUUACCAUCCUAGGAAUAGGUACCUCCUCCAUCUUGGGAGGGAUGCUAGGGAUGAGGAGAGGCAGGCCUUGAUCGCAGCCGUAAGGACUGUGCCGGUGAUUCGCGCUUUUGGGAACGUUGAUGUGGUUGGAAAGGCUGAUUAUGUCACCUACUUGGGGUCCUCCAAUGUGGCCAUCGCUCUCCGGGCUGCAGCUAUUUUGCUCAAAUUGGAUAGUGGCUGGAAUUGGUUCAUCCAUUUGAGUGCUCGUGAUUAUCCUCUCAUCACACAGGAUGAUCUGUCCCACGUUUUCUCUUCUGUUAGGAGAGACCUGAAUUUCAUUGAUCACACUGGUGACCUUGGAUGGAAAGAGACCGAUAGAUUUCAGCCUAUUGUAGUUGACCCGGGGUUAUAUUUAGCAAGAAAAAGUCAAAUUUUUCAAGCUACGGAAAAGAGGGCAACGCCUAAUGCAUUCAAACUUUUCACAGGUUCACCAUGGGUCAUCUUGAGCCGGCCCUUUCUGGAGUUCUGCAUUUUUGGUUGGGACAAUUUACCUCGGACCCUACUUAUGUAUUUUACAAAUGUGAAGUUAUCUCAAGAAGGGUACUUUCACUCGGUUAUUUGCAAUGCGCCAGAGUUCAAGAACACAACAGUAAAUGGGGACUUACGAUUUAUGAUCUGGGACAAUCCUCCGAAGAUGGAACCACACUUCCUUAACACUUCCGUUUACAAUGAGAUGGUAGAAAGUGGAGCUGCUUUUGCAAGACAGUUUCAACCUAAUAAUCCUGUGUUGGACAUGAUUGAUGAGAAGAUCCUCCAUCGUGGUAGCCAUCGAGCUACUCCAGGAGAGUGGUGCACCGGGCGGAGGAGUUGGUGGAUGGAUCCCUGCUCCGAAUGGGGUGAUGUCAAUAUUGUGAAACCAAGUUCUCAGGCUAAGAAGCUUGAAGGGUCCGUUUCUAACCUUCUUGAUGGCUGGAACUCACAGGCCAAUCAGUGCCGGUGA